CACUUGGUCCGCGGGUAUCCUUCAUCUGCUUCCCUUUGUCUUCCUUUCCCUCAUCAUUCACAUUUGCACUCUAUCCCAUCAGCCAGUCGCCAUCGCCUUUCCCUUGUUUCAGGCCAACCUCAAACCCACAUAGCCUCACCGAACCUCGAUUCUGACAUCGUCUACUAUAUUGUUCAAGAGCGGCAUAUAAAAUCUCACCAUGGUGGCUCAAGGCGUCACAAAUUCGAAUCUGCCCACCCUCCCUGGCGGUUACAGUUACCCUCCUCCAACAGUGCCUCCCAAGGCCGGCGCUCCUUACCUCGAGAAUUCGAGCUUGCCUGAGAAUUUUGUCUUUAUUGUCGUCGGCGCUACUCUCGGCUUCGUGGCCCUGUUGAUCUUGGGCUGGCGAAUUCUGAUGCAUUGGUCGAUAAAUCGCAGUUUCAAGCGAGAUGCCAACAAAGUCACGGGAGGGGCAGCUUCUUACUCUCCGCUGCCAGACUUAAAGAAACAACCUGCUGCGCAAUCGUCACACGAUAUGGCCGAUCUGAGCAAACUGCCACGUUCUUUUUCGAGCGUUCCCAGCUUAUUCUUCUCGCCAACCGCCGAAGUGGCCAGAUACGCCCAAAGACCCCCCAGCAGUCAACAUCUACCCGCUGGUCAUUACAGAGAUGCUUCAGACUCAUAUCGCCGGUAGAUUGGGCUCAAUUCACGUUCAUGGUUUGAUAAUGAAACACAAACUCGACAUUAAAACCCACGGUCAUUUCAUCACCGCACUCUCAUUCAAGGCGCUGUGGAAGUGAAAUACUGUCACCAUGGAGGAGCUAAAGGCAGAUCAAGAGAUCAUCCAGUUCGGGUCAAGUUGUGUCCCUUGGUUGCUACUUGAUUUUGAAUCUAGACCAACCAAGCCCUCACUUUCCGACAAUAAGUCCAAGAACGAUUGAAAUUACAGCUUGGACCCGACGCAGGUCGUAUGAUGGUAUCGACCAAGACUGAUAUCUACCUCAAAAAGAAAACAUGAAAUUUAGCACGGCGCUGGAGGGCAACUAGGGUCUGAUCAUUUUCUGGUGGGACAAUGGCGUUGGUGGCGUCUAGAUUGGAUAGGCAGUCGGAUAGGAAGUCUGGAAUCAAGUCUACCCGGCUCGCAGCGAAGACUCAUAGUGAGGAUUGUUUACAAACAAGUAUGCUUUCCGCAACUGAGCUAUGACCUUUGGCACUGCUCGGCGGCAAUAACCGUGCGCUAUCCAAUCUACGGAGAAGAUAUAAAGAGGGUGCAGAAUCCGGGUAAUAGCCAUGAAGCUUCAUGCAGAACAAGGCCACAGUACCAUUACAAGAUCAGAGUGAUCACCUCCAUGAGCCUCAUUUCCACAUUGUCGUGAUAAUUUACUUGUGUGUGGACGUACUCUGUAUAUCAAACACAACCAUUGCACUGCCUCCAUCACCGCCAAAGAU